AUGUCUUCCAUCUCGCUGACGCGCACCAUCUUCAGUCGAGUGCUGAUGCCCGCCAAUGGCCGGUCCCUCCUGCUGGCUCGUCUGGCCUCAACGAAUCCCCAGAGCGGUACCAGCGUCUCCUAUGACGCCGAUUCUAUUUCAAAGAUUGUCAAGAGUGAUAAAGUCGUCGUCUUCAUGAAGGGCAUUCCUGAUGCUCCGCGCUGUGGCUUCAGCAACGCCGUCGUCCAGGUGCUCAAAAUGCACGGUGUUCCCUUCCAGUCACAUGAUGUGCUCUCCUCUGAAGAGCUUCGAAAAAACAUCAAAGACUUUACCAGCUGGCCUACUAUUCCGCAAAUCUUCAUUGACGGCGAGUUCAUCGGCGGCUGCGACAUUCUCCUGGAGAAGCACCAGAACGGCGAACUGAUUGAAGACCUCCUUAAAAUUGGCAUCAAGUCACAAGUACUAAAGGAAGCACAAGAAGCAAAAGAUGCAGAUAAAAAGUAG